AUGGCGCAGGAGAAGCGGCGACUGCUAGACCCAGAGAUCUCUUACAUGCCGGUCGCUUUGAGCGAUGGCGACUCCCCCACGUACAAGAGGCGAAGGGGCGGCUUGCAGGUCCUGGUCGAAGCGCCAGCGUUCCAGUCGCUGAUAGGGCUGAUCAUCCUGUCAAAUGCCCUGGUCAUUGGCUUGGAGACUGAUGAGAUCACCCACGACUGCCAAUGCUUGCAGGACAUCUUUCUUUGCUUGUUCGCCCUGGAGAUUCUGCUGAGGCUUUGUGCCUAUGGCUUCAGCGGGUUCUUCAGCACAGAGAGCUCUGAUUUCACGUGGAAUGUCUUUGACUUUGUUUUGGUCUUCCUUGGUGUGUUCGACCGGGGGCUUUCUUUGCUACACAGACUAGCAACAGGAGACCGACGCUCUACCUUGUGCUGA